AAUAUCACUCCGGAAGGGACGUGCAGCUGCAGACUUCAUGUUCCUUUUUAGGCGCGCAAACAACGUCUCGCCCUCCGCCAUGAGAUCCCUCCAGAGGACAUCGCUGCUCUAAACUCUAUGUAAAAUGUUGAGGCAUUAAAGAAUCAAAUCUCCAAUAUUUAUGAAGAAGGGAGAAGCUUGAACAGUUAGACUGGAAGACUAGAAGAUGGCCAUGAAAAACACAGUGAGAGAUUUCAUUUUAGAAGCGCUGGAGGACCUUGAAUCCGAACAACUGCACAAAUUCCGGAGAAAACUCACUGACAUGAAUAUUGAUGAGGAGUAUAAGAAAAUCCAAAGAAGUCGUCUGGAAAAUACAAACGCUGAUAAGAUUGUUGAUAUCAUCCUGAGUUUCUAUCGUGAAUCUUACGGCUGUAAACUCACAUUUGAUGUUUUAAAUCAUAUUAAUGAGAGACAAGUAGCAGACAAUCUCCGUGAAAACGUAGAAAAAAUCAAGUCAAAACAAUGGACAAGCAACGUAUUUCACGCGGCUCCCAACGAAAAUUGUGAACUUGCUCCUUCCCAUGCAUCUUCCGAAGACAUAAUACAUGAUGUCUUUGAAUUCGCACAAAGAUUAAAUAUAGCAAAAUACAUUGUUUUGAAACUGACACUGAGUAAAGUCCUGAGCAUUGGUUCCGAAGAUCUCCUACAUAGUCAGCUUAAGAAUGAUGAAGACCUUCCCUGGAAUUUCUUACGGAAGCUCAUGGCUUUAAACACAACUGCUAGAAAUGUUUCUGAACUGAAAACCAAUGAAAAUGAGUUGGAGUUUAAAUUGAAACAAUCUGCAUUAAGCUCGGUCCAUCUUUUAGAUGUCCUAUGUGUCCUCCUUCAUUGUUCAGACUGUAUUCUCCAACAAGCCAUAGUGACCAAACUGGCCAUGUGUCAGUUUGCCGUCCCUCUGCUGCUCCCUCCUGGUGAUGGGUCACAUUGCACCCUCAUGCUUUGGGCAAUGAGAGACAUAGUGAAGAAGUGGAGACCUCAGUCAUUAGAAGACAAUUUAGGGUUCAGAGAAGAAAAUGUGGUUAAUGUUGCCAUGCCAAUCUUCUCUUUUGUCAGGCUUGGAGAAAAAAAACUAUCUUAAUUAAGAGUUUUAAACCAACUUCUUAAUCCAGCUGAGUUACAUCACAAUUUCUUCAUGCAGGACAGUUUGGAGGGAAGAAACAUAGAGAGGAAAAUAUCUGAUGGACUGGUAGAAGUUUCCUGGUAUUUUCCCUGUGGUAAGUCUGCUGUUUUCCCAGAACCCAUCACAGUGACCAACCUACGAGGAGAUCUGGAGAUACAUUUGAAACAGUUCAAGUUCCUGACUCGAAUUUCUUCUGUUGUGUUUAUAUUCAUUGAGAGUAUUUCUGAGAAGCAAUCCACAUUGUUAUCAUCCUUCCCUACCACUGACACCCAAUAUUUCUUCAUUGUUACUCCGGCUCAUGGCACAACUGUGACUACACAGACACUGAGGGCUCUUAAAAACUUAAUGCCAGUGCUAAAGUUGAAACAAUCUGAUAUAUUAAUACAUGAAGGCAAGACAAAUGAGGCAGAAUUUGUAAAUGAAAUAAAAAGAAGUAUUGUUUGUUUCCUAAAUAAUAAUCCAAAAGUAAAUAAAAUGAGAGACCUUGAGAAAGAAACUCAUGGAUUGGACAUCCAAGUAGAUGAGAGUGAUCCUGAAUGUCAGAAGGCCAGGGAACAUGCCAGGAAAAUUACAGAAGAAAUAACAAAUGUGUCUGAGUACAAAAAGAACACUAUGAAGUUACAGGGAGAUCUCUGGAGACAGUUAUCUGAUGUGGAAAAGGAACUUUGCAGAAUGACAAGGCAAGGUGGUAAAGACACACAACAAUAUCAAGAUGACCUGAGAAAGAAACGCAUUUCACUACAUGAGGAACAACAUAAACAUGAUCUGCCCCAUGGUUUAAAGCUCUUUAUUGAUGCAAUCACUGAUUUGUCUGAGACUGAGAAACAAUAUUUUCUGAAAUGGAUGAAAUUUGAACUUGAUUCAAUUGCUAGAGAUCGUCUUUUUAAUCUACAAGCUGAAUACAAUGAAAAAUAUAACAAUAUCUUAAGUAGUAACGAAGAGCUCAGACAGAUAGACCAGAAAAUCUCUGACGGUUCUUUAGGAAUUGAACAUUUCCUACGUGAGAUGGGACAGUUUUAUGAAGCUGAAUGUUCCAUGAUUAAAGAAAAAAAAAAAAGACAAUUUACUAGAUUGCCAGGAAUUAUGGCUAAUCUCGUGUUGGAUGGUUUCUCAUUGGAGCUGAUAGAUGGAGAUGCCUCCAACAUUCCCCUACGGUGGAUAACUGAUGUUCUAAAUGAGCUGGACUCCAAAACAGGGGGAAAAUGCAGAAUGAGAGUAAUCACUGUGCUGGGAGUGCAGAAAACGGGGAAAUCCACUCUUCUCAACACCAUGUUUGGUCUGCAGUUCCCGGUGGCCAUUGGAAGAUGCACACAAGGAACCUUCAUGACUCUUCUUAAUGUGAAAGAGACCUUCCAGGAGGAGCUGGGCUGUGACUUCAUCCUGGUGAUUGACACUGAGGGGCUGAAAGCUCCAGAGUUGGCUUCCUUGGAGGGCAGUUAUGAACAUGACAAUGAACUGGCCACAUUAGUGGUUGGGUUGAGUGAUAUCACCAUCAUCAAUAUGGCCAUGGAAAACACAACAGAAAUUAAGGAUAUUUUACAGAUUGUGGUCCAUGCCUUUCUUAGAAUGAAAGGAAUAGGAAAGAAACCCAACUGCCAGUUUGUACAUCAGAAUGUGAGUGAUGUGUCCGCUCAUAACAAGAACAUGAGAGGCAGAAUGAAACUUCUGGAACAGCUGAAUGAAAUUACAAAAGUAGCUGCAGAGAUGGAAAAGAAAAGUAAUAUAAAAACUUUCAGUGAUGUGAUGAACUACAACCUGGAGAAAGACAACUGGUACAUUCCCUGGCUCUGGCUUGGGGUCCCACCAAUGGCUCCAGUAAAUUCUGGGUACAGUGAACAUGUGUCUGAACUGAAAAAGUAUUUAUUAGAAUUAAUGACAAGCAAAGAAUCUCUGCACAGGCCUUCAACUAUUCCUGAAUUUAUAGAAUGGAUAGAAAGUUUAUGGAACGCUGUAAAACAUGAGAAAUUCCUCUUCAGUUUCAUGAACAGUUUGGUGGCAGAAGCUUAUAAUAAACUGUCUAUACAAUACUCACAGUGGGAAUGGGAGUUCAGAAAAACUGUACACGAUUGGCUGAUCCGUACAGAGACAAAGAUUAAGAAUCAGACUGCAGCGAGUCUAAGUGAUGAACUUUGCUCCAAAUUUAAGAAUGAGCUCCACAGAUUGUUGAUUAUUAGAGAAAAUGAAAUGUUAAAAUUGCUGCAAAAAUACGCUGACAAUGAAAAUGAAAAUGUUCUUUUAAUAGAACGAUACAGACAUGAUUUUUUUCUGAGCACAACAUCUCUGAAGGAGGAAUUGAAAAGAAAUUCUCUUGUGAAGUUGGAUGAGGCUGUUUCAACUCAGAAAGGAAAAUUCAAGAUUCAGAAUAUACAAAUAAAUUCCCAGAAAUUGAUUGAAGACAAAAUCACAGAUCUCCUCAAGAGAUGCAGAGAGAAGAGAAAAAAGCUGAACAAUAAAGAGUUAAAGAGAGAAUUUGAGGCGAUGUGGAAGAAAAAACUGACAGAUCUACAGAUAAAGGAAUUAAAAACACACAAUGUCAGUAGAUCUAUGUUACGGCAGCUAAUGAAUGACAUGAGCUAUAAAGGAUCAGCUGUCAAUGAACACUUACUGGGUGUGAAGGACUUGGCAAAUAUCACACAGACUGAUUUCAAGAUAGAUGAGAAAUAUAUUGAGACGGGUUGGUUUAAAAAACUGACAAAUAAUUUUAAAAACAGAAAUGAGCAUUUGGACAAAAUAAAUGGUUUUGCUCAAUCUCUUAUAGAUAACUGUAACAGGGAUAUCAGAGAGAAGGUGGAUACCGGAGAGGACUAUUGUGACAACUAUUGCCAGGAAUUACUUCAUAUGAUUACAACAGAGAUUUCCAAACAGCCCAAAAAUCUUCAUUUGUCCACAUGGUUUGAAGUGAACAUCAAACUUCACAUUCUUAGAAAAGCUUCCAGAGAGUUCCAGAAGAUGCAUGAUAAAUUCAUUAGAGAGAACGAUCCAAAACUGUGUCUGGAAAACAUUACUUCUGGAUAUUUAGAAACAUUUAUCAGCACAUUCAAAGAGAAAGAUAUUUGUCAGACUAAAGCCCAAAAAUUCUGUGAGCGAUGUCUAAAACCAGCAAUGAUGGAUCAUGUUUUCCGCCAUCUUGGGCAGAACAUAGUGGAUGAGAUAGUAAGUUCAGACAAGAAAUUCUGCAGUAGAACAUUUUUUCAAGAUUUUUUACUGAGAGAGCUACUGGAAGAAAUGUCCUUCCAGAAAUAUGUAAAGUUUAUACGGUCAUAUGAGGAAUAUACAAAAGAAUGGAUACUAAAUCACACUGAAACAUAUGCAACACCCCAAAUCCUAAAACCAUUACAAGAACUUCUGCUGUAUUCACUGGGCAAAAAGAUAAGAAGAGCUCUUAAUGAAGACAACCCUGUUACAAGUUCAUCAGUCUCAGAUUUUCUGAAAAGUGUAUGUGAGACACUAAAGGAAGAAUUGGUGAUCCCUCAGAAUGAGAUGCAAGCGGUCACUUUCCAGAACACGGCUGAUGUUGGACAAUUUUCAUCGGACAUUCAGCUCUUCCUCCGAGAUACAGAAACAGAAGUCUUAUCAGAUCUGCAAUCUAUGGAUAUAAAGUCUGUACUCUCCAGGGUGACGGUGAAGCCUCAGGAUGAAUUGUUCAGGAAGGUUGCUGGCUGUGGGAAGCGAUGUCCAUUCUGUAAAGUCCCCUGUGAGGCCAGAGGUGAUGAACACAAGGAGCACUUUGCUACCAUCCACAGACCUAAUGGAUUGGGGGGGUUGUUCAGAUGGAGUCAUAUUAACAUCCUAACCACUGAUAUAUGUAGUGCAUCUGUUGUAUCUAAUAACUCAUUUAAAAACUCAGACACAGAAUGGAAAUGGCACCCAUACAAAGAUUAUCGUACCAUUUAUCCAGAUUGGGCCAUCCAACCAGAUCCCAGCAUCGAGUCAUCAGAUUACUGGAAAUAUAUUUUUGUGAUGUAUAAUGAGGAGUUUGCUGAAGAAUACGAUGCAAAACCAGCAGAAAUACCAGAUGGCUGGAAAUCCAUCACAAAAGAGAAAGCUCUGCGAAGCUUAAAGAAAAUGUACAAUAGCUAAACAGAGAAGACAAAUCAACAACGUGUAAUUCCUCAUCCAACUUAUUAUCUGGAAAUCAUUUACUGUUAUUAAAAAUAAUCUUUCCUUUGAUUUUCUCUAAUUGGA